AUGGCUUCUCAUGCAGCCACGCACCACGCCGCUAUGCGUAUCGACCACACCUCGAUCCUGACCGCAGUCCUUGGAGCGCACCGCCGCUUCGGCCAAAUCGACCAUGCAUUCGUGGGUGCCGCCGGUAGUAUCGUUCGCCUGACGAGCGUCAUGCAAGAGACCGACCAGCUCCGUCACUUCGUCGAGCGAGACGAGUUCCUCGAAAGGACGUGGCUUGCGGCGAACCAGCAUCUGCACGUCGCCGUGCGGCCUCACCAGUUCCAAGACGCCUGUCAAGCUGUCGGCGCUGCCCUUCACCCUCCUGGCGCUACCCCGCAAGUCGGCCUCUUCACUGUCCAGGCGACGCUGGCCGACGGCACCCUUCACACAGUCCAGUUCGUCCUCGCCAAAGUCGAGACUGGCUCGAGCGGCGAGUGGCAUCGCAACAUGUGCAGCAUUCGUAUCGGCGGCUCCCCUUGGAUGUUGCCGACGGAUCUCGCCGUCUUCGCCGCCUUCAUGCGACUCACGCCUCUCUUCCAAUGCUCGCCCGCCCGCAUUAGCCGGGGCUUCACGAGGCGCGACCCUCCGCCGGUCCCUGGCGAGCUUAUCUGGUUCCACGCCGAGUGGCAGAUCCAAUACGGCCUUGAGGAGAUCGGCCUGCCGCACAGGGGCUUCCUGUCCGCCGCGGCAUGGGAGCGCGACAUCUCGCACCUCAUGUCGGCGCAAGACUACGCUAUGAGGGCAAGGCACUUGCAUGCACUGCUCGUCGCAUCGGAGGAACCGCCGGAAGCGAAUGAGGAGCCGGUGAACCUCCUCGUCGAGCACGCCGCCAGGAUGGACAUGAUGGAGAUGGGCCACAACCCGGACUCGCACGACGAGCGUGACCGAGACCUCCUCGCCGACUUGAUGCUGGGUUUGGAGCAUGUCAUCGAGGCUUUCACGAGGCGAUUCACCCUACCAUACCCGUCCCCUCACCACGCCGUCGCUCGCAGUUAG